AUGAGUGGACGGAGCAGUGUACGUAUGCCUUUCGACUCGUUCGACGACAUCGCCCCUUGCCUCCACAUAGUGCAGUGUCUCCAGAUUGGUCCCGUCAGUCGUCGAGAUUGGUCUUCCUCGGCGUUGCAACAACUGCUUAUAUCCCGGAUGCCUGCCCUCAAAUCCCUCGAUAUGACCGUACACUACCCUGGAGACCCAAGUCUGAGGAGCGAAAGGCUUGCGCAAGUAUCCCUCCCAAACAGCCUGUUUCCCGGGCUCGUCCAGAUUUCCUUGCAAGGCUUCAACUUCCCCUCCCUUGGAAUUCUCUCUCAGCUUCAGAGCUUGACACUCGGUCCCUGUCGCUCUUCAGAGUCGUUCCUUGACGGGACUGUGCUCACCCAUUCCCUGUCGCAGUGUGUCAAUCUUCGCGAGCUCCGGAUCAAAGAGUUUCUCGGGCUGGUCACGUUCUCAGACACCCUUCCCACAUAUAUCACUUGGACCCUUCCUUCUCUGCGCACCCUCGACAUUGCGGAUGACUACGACAAGAUCGCCCCACUUCUCCGGUUCGCCAUACUCCCUGUCUGCACUUCUGUGACCCUUACCGACAUGAAGCCACUGCUCCUCUGCGACCCGAUACCGCCGUUCGUCCGACUCCUUCCGCCCCGCACGCGGAGCCUCCACUCCCUCCUGCCAUUCGCAGUCACCCGACUCAGCGUCGCGGUCGAAGGCGGGUACGUCGUCAUCUCCGGCACGGACCCCUCGAGCGACCCAGCCCACCGCGUCGCGCUGCGCAUGCGCGCGCAGCCGACCCUGUUCAGCAUCGCCGUGUCCUCGCUGGAAGGCCUCUUCGCGGAACCGCGGGGACGCGUGCGCGAGCUCGAGCUGGACAUCGUCGACGACGACGGGAUCGACCUCCUCAGCUGGGUGGACCAGUUCGCGCGCUUCCCGGGCGUGCGCUCGUUCACGCUGCGGUCGCGGAUGCGCGAGCACGAGCUGCCCUCCGCGUGCGUGGACGCACUGGCGCUGGGGGCCCACCAGGGAGGGGCCUUUAGUCAGCUUGCGGAGCUUCGGAUUGCUGGGGUGCGCGUCGAUUGCGAUGUUGUCCAGCGGCUUGCAGGGGUGCUGGCCCGGCGCGCGCCCUUGGGAUUCCCUCAACUUGAUGUGUCGUACGGUGCACGAAGGAGGUGGAAGGGAAGUGGCUGUCGAAACAAAUAG